AGUAUCCCACAAAAAAAGAUACAAUCUUUUUAGAAAAAGAUUGAAAAGAAAAUUAGGGUUUUGUCAAAGAUUUGCUAAUGGCAUGUGCAGUUUCUAUUUUUGGUAAGUCUUGUACAGGAUCAUUGAUCAACAAUCACAAGAACUGUUAUCGCGAAUACGCGAUAACAGCUAGGGUUGUAGCACCAAAAAAAACAAAUUUGCCUGAGUUAUCGAUAAAAGGCGUUCCACACAAUGAUCUAAGCGUUCGAGAGAUUGUUCAAAGACAAUUGCUAACACGCGAUGAUCAUUUUGUUUUGAGAAAGCCCGAGUUCCAUCCGGAGUUUCUUGACGAAGCGUAUGAUCGAUGUAGAGAUAUUUGUGCUGAGUAUGCCAAGACUUUCUAUCUAGGAACAAGAUUAAUGACUGAAGAAAGACAGAAGGCAAUUUGGGCUAUAUAUGUUUGGUGCAGGAGAACAGAUGAACUAGUCGAUGGCCCAAACGCGAUCCACAUGAGCGAUGCAGUUCUCGACAGAUGGGAAGAAAGACUCCAUGAUCUCUUCCAUGGCCGCCCCUUCGACAUGCUCGAUGCUGCCUUAACACACACCGUUCAAAAGUUCCCACUAGACAUUAAGCCAUUUAGAGACAUGAUUGAAGGCAUGAGAAUGGAUAUCAAGAAAAGUAGAUAUGAAAACUUUCAAGAACUUUACUUGUAUUGUUACUAUGUUGCUGGAACUGUUGGUUUGAUGAGUGUUCCGGUCAUGGGUAUCGCGCCGGAAUCGUCAUCGGAUGCACCAAACAUCUAUAAUUCUGCUCUUAGUCUUGGCAUUGGAAAUCAGCUCACUAACAUCCUUAGAGAUGUAGGAGAAGAUGCAUUAAGAGGUAGAGUUUAUCUUCCCCAAGAUGAGCUAGCACAAUUUGGGCUAUGUGAUGAGGAUGUUUACUCAAGGCGAGUUACCGAUAACUGGAGAGAGUUCAUGAAAGGGCAAAUCAGACGCGCUCGGUUUUACUUCAACCAAGCCGAAGAAGGAGCUUCUAAGCUCGACAAAGAUAGCCGUUGGCCGGUUUGGUCAUCAUUGUUGUUGUACCGCAACAUCUUGGAUGCUAUUGAGGAGAAUGAUUAUGAUAACUUGACCAAGAGAGCUUAUGUUGGUAGGACUAAGAAGCUUCUUAUGUUGCCUGUAUCAUACACUAGAUCUUUAUCAACCAGUUUUGCCUUCUAAUAGAUAUAUAGAGUGCAAGAUAUGUGUUGUCUUGUUGAUAUGAUAUACAUAUCAUAUUUGAUUUCAUAUAUUAUUUGUAUAUUUGGCCAUAAGGAUGGUUUGAAAUGAAAGAAGCCUUAAUGGACUACUUACUUGGUACUUUAA